AUGUUUUCGUUCAAAACUCUUGCGUCGCUGCUGGUAGCAGCCCUUCCGCUCGGCAAUGCCACGCCCCAAGCUGGCAGCGCUGCCAAUCUGGUCCCGGACAAGUACAUUGUUACCCUGAAAGACGGUAUUAGCGCGAAUGACUUCAACUUCCACAUGAACUGGGUUCGGGAUGUUCAAGUGGCGAGAGCCGGCCAUCGCCGGGGACUCAACUUCCGUGGUGUAGAGAAGACGUACGGUGUCGGAAACUUCAACGCCUAUGCUGGCCACUUUGACGAGCAUACCCUGGAAGCUAUCCGGAGAAACGCUGACGUUGAGAGCGUCGAGCAGCAGCAAGUGUAUCAUCUGCACGAACUGACCACCCAGAAGGAAUCAACUCAUGGUCUUGCUACUAUUUCCCAUAGAGAACCCGGGUCAACCGAAUAUGUCUAUGACAGUAGUGCCGGCGAGGGAUCUACCGUGUAUGUUCUCGACAGUGGCAUUCAGGUAGAUCAUCCAGAAUUCGAGGGCCGUGCUAUUCGCGGGUACAAUGCUGUCAAGGAUGCCACAGACGAAGAUGUGCAAGGACACGGCACUCACGUUGCUGGCAUUGUUGGUAGCAAGACAUAUGGUGUGGCCAAGAAGACUAAGCUGGUAGAUGUCAAGAUGUUCCAUGACGCAGGCAGCACCAAUGAGAUUAUCCUGGACGGAAUCGAGUGGACAAUCAAGGACAUUACAGCUAAGCAGAUUCAGAACCGGACCGUUGUCAACAUGUCUUUUGGCGGCGGAAACUCUACUGCACUGAACAAGAUAAUAAAGACCGCGUACGACGCAGGUAUUCUGUGCGUCAUCUCGUCUGGGAACGUGGGUGUCGAUGCCUCAGACUGGUCUCCCGCCUCGUCCCCUGAUGGCAUCACUGUUGGCGCCAUUGAUGCCAACUGGCGGCUAUGGGAUCACUCCAACCACGGCCCCGUUGUUCACAUCUUGGCUCCUGGCGUGGACGUCUUGUCCCUCGCUCCUGGCAAUGAGACUAAGACAGGGAGCGGAACUUCUCAGGCGGCUCCUCAUGUUGCUGGGCUGGCCGCCUAUCUGGCAGUUGCGAAAAACAUCAAUACUGCAAAGGAGUUGAAGGCUACCAUUCUUUCUCUCGGAACCCGUGACAAGGCCACUGCUGUUAAGGACGGCACAGUCAACUUGGUUGCAUACAACGGCAUCAUAUAA